CGUCUGGAGGCCGCCCACCCGUACGGACACCUCCGGUGGCUGAACGCACUGAAGUCGCCCCGCAUUUUGGCCUCUAAUCUCCCGCUGGCUUUGAUGCCCGACUCCGUGAAGACUCCCGUUUGCAAAAUAAUAUACGUGUUGCGUAACCCAAAGGACCAGUCGGUGUCGUAUUACUACCAGCACCGGGUGAAAGGCAUACUGUCCUCGUUUGACGACUUUAUAUCCCUCUAUAUGUGCGGACACUUACUAUACGGCGAUUACUUCUCACACGUUAUAGACUAUUGGCGAUUGUCUCGUAUGUGUCCGCACAAUGUCUUUGUGCUCACGUUUGAAGAGUUAAAACUCGAGACACAGCCCAUGGCUAAACUUAUGGCCGACUUCUUAGGCCUACCUCACAGCCGACAGAUGGAUGAGCUGAUCCGUCAGCGUCUGGACAGACACAGCCUGAGUCUGUGUUGCGAUUCAACCGAAGCGGUCAAACGGUUGGCCAAAUUUGGCCGCAUUUUGGUGGACACGAGUCCUCCGAAACCCGCGGCCACCGAUUUUCAGACCAAAAGUAAUGGUAAUGCAAUGAAAGGCAAUGGUGUGGCCGACAAUACUGGUGCUGACACUACUGGUGUUGAUAGUGAUAUCAAGAAGAGACCAAAACUGGCCAAAGAAGAGUUUAUACUCCUGAGGAAUAAGAGUUGGAUUCCCAUCGAUGUCUAUUCAAUAGAGUCUGAGUCCGAAAGCACCGGCUGUUGGACUCGUAUGUGUGCCGGUGGCGAGGGUUUUGUCAAUUGGUGGUACCGGUGCUGCUGUUGUCCCUGUUUUGUUUUUAUUAUAAAUACAAUGUUGAACAACAAAAUCACCAUUAUAUUUCUCGGCGUUUUAAUUGUGACCAUCAGCGAAUCAAUGGCUCAAAAGGAUCAAAGCAUUAACAUAGAUCUUGGAAAGAUAUUCCGGUUGGGACUAAACACUGGAAAGGGUGGCACUAAACUGGGUAUAGAUGUGCUCAACGGGUUGGUCAAUGUGGGCGUCGAUCGGACCAAAUAUAACAGUGUGGACACCAAUAGUGGUUACAAUAAUUACGAUCACAUCAACGCCGACGACAACGACCACAUCCGGCCAGUCAUAAGACCCGGACUAUUGAGGGAACGGAUCCGCAAUCGUAUUAUAAACCAUAGAAAGGGUGCCACAGAAGUGGCCGUUUCUAUUGGCAAUCUCGUUAAUGUGCCCAUCAAUAAAACCAAUGCUCUUUUAUUUAACCGCACGAACUCACCAUUUAAUCCACUGUUUGAUCGCACCGCAUUGCAUGAUGGUCUGAUCACUUGGGGCGGUGGACCCAAACUGGGCUUCACAAUAGUGAACGGAAUGAUCGAUUGGGAUAAAAAAUAUGCUGAAGGUAUAGGCGAUGAAACCGAUGUUGAGUUUAGUGUUGAACUCAGGCGUCGUCUGAGUCCCAGACAUUGGAUCAAGAAGUUAUGGAAACGGUUCAUACAUUACAUACAACAACUGAUUACCGCUUUUGACUAUUCU